GAACAGUUUUGAUUCAUUCUUGUGUAGUUUUACAUACUCAAGUAUUUAUAGUGAAGUGUAUAGUUAGAAUCUAAAGAUUAUUAGAUCCAUUGAAAGUAAAAAAAAAAAACAGAGUUUUGAUAAAUUCAUCAUUCAUGAAUAAGCUAUGAAGUGGAAUCCAGAGAGGAACAAGUCUUGACUAGAUCACAUCCACAUUCUCUCACUCUUAUCUCUUGACCCGUGAACUCCACUCUCCGAACUCUCUCAUGUUUCGUUUGACACACGCGCCUCAAUCAGUAGAGCCACCACACUCCUAGACAUCAAGUUUUUUUAAUUUUGAAUUUUGAAAUAAAAAUCAAAUCGUGUUAUCCACAGUAAAUGCUUUCAACUCUUAGGUGAACAAGGGAUCUGAUUGAUAGUUUUUUGUUUUUUUCUGCUUCCCUCUCUCUCACCUCACCAGUAAAGCAACAAAAAAAAAGCAACAUCACAUACACACAAGAACCAGACAGAGAGUUUAGAGAGAAAAAGAAAAAGAAAAAAAAAAACCUUUCUUCUCACCAUUGUUGAUGGAGGAGAAAUCUCAUGAAUCAAAGAGAAAAAAGCAUAUGAAAAACUGAGCCGUCUCCCUCCUCUUAUGGAUCUACUUUGUGUGUGUUAGAUAAGCUUUGAGAGAGAUUUUCUAGUUUGCAUGUUACCUUACCCUCCAAGUCUUUAUCUUUUAAAGCCUUAUAAGCCCUUUAGAUUCUGAUUUGUUCUUAUCCAUUUAUCAGAUCUUUUUAUAAAGUCCCCCAGUGAGUUUUUGCAUCCUCUUGUUAAAAAAAAAUAAAAAAAAAGGUCAGAAGAAGCUAUGGAUCGAAGAGAAGCUAUGUCGGGUUCUUACUACAUCCAGAGAGGCAUGCCUGGUUCUGCUCCUCCUCCUCCUCCUCCUCCUCCUCAGACACAACAGCCGUUUCACGGAUCACAAGGGUUUCACCAUUUCUCCAACCCCAACUCUCCUUUCGUCUCGAACCCAAACCUGAACCAAGUAGGCGGCGGCGGCUCCGCUGCAUUCGUGUCUCAUCCUUUACCGAUCGAGUCUUCUCCGGCUGACUCUUCAGCGCCUGUUGCGGCUGCUCCUCCUCCGUUGUCUGGUGAGAAGAGGAAGAGAGGACGGCCUAGGAAAUACGGACAAGAAGGUCCUGUUUCCUUGGCAUUGUCUCCCUCCAUGUCCCCAAACUCUAACAAACGUGGCCGUGGUAGACCUCCUGGCUCCGGCAAGAAGCAAAGGCUUGGUUCCAGUGGUGAAUUGAUGCCUUCAUCGUCUGGGCUGAGCUUCACUCCGCAUGUAAUCGCAGUUUCAGUUGGUGAAGACAUUGCAUCAAAGGUACUGUCUUUUUCGCAGCAAGGUCCAAGAGCGACUUGUGUCUUAUCUGUUAGUGGUGCAGCCUCUACUGCAACUAUUCUACAGCCAUCACCAUCUAAUGGAGCUAUUAAAUACGAGGGUCGUUUCGAGCUCUUGUCUCUCUCGAUCUCUUAUCUGAACGCAACUGACAAUGACUACUCAAACCGCACUGGAAACCUAUCCGUCUCACUCGCUAGCCCUGAUGGUCGUGUCUUUGGUGGUGGAAUUGGUGGGCCUUUAAUAGCUGCAAGCCCUGUUCAGGUUAUCGUUGGGAGCUUCCUUUGGGCGGUUCCAAAAGGGAAGGUUAAGAAACGAGAUGAAGCUUCUGAAGAUGUCCAAGACACGGACGGUUUGGAGAAGAACGACCACAACACUGCACCAACUUCACCUCCUCAACAAAGCCAGAACCUUGAUCAGACUCCUGUAGGCAUGUGGUCAACCGGUUCAAGAUCAAUGGAUAUGCAUCACGCCCACAUGGACAUUGAUCUAAUGCGUGGUUGAUUCAUAUGUGUAGUAGAUAAGCAUUGAAUCUAGGAGAAGAAGAAAAGCUAACCUCUCUCAGAAAAAUGUCUUUUGGUUAUGUUUAGGACAAGAAAAAGACUUGUAGUGAUUUUCAGAACUCUUGUGUGUUCUUUAGCUUUUGGUUUAUUGAUUGAAUUGCAAUUUCAUAUAAUGUUAUUACAUUCUACAACA